GACACACAGACAACAUUCAGCAUCAAGAAGAUCAACAGAGCUGCUGUGAAGCUGAACUCAAGUCACAAUGAACAUCCUCCUCAUCUUCACUUUCUUCAUCAUCUCAGGUGCUGUGAGAUGCAUCGAUGUGAUUGGAUAUUCUGGAGGAAGUGUUCUUGUGGAUUCACACAAACUUUGGCAUAGUGAUGUUAAACAAUAUCUAUACAUUUGGAACAAUUAUAAAUGGAAUAUCCUAAUAAAAAACAAGGACAGUCGAAAAUGGAUUAAAGAGAGAAGAUUCACUCUGUUCUGCACAGAAAACGGACACUUAAUGAUCUUCAUCAGAGAUCUGAACACACAGGAUUCUGGAAAAUACCUGAUUGGUGUUGAUGACAAAUGGUCUACUAAAAUAAUUCUGAAAGUGAAAGACGAUUCAUGUUGUGGGGCGUCACUGAGAGUGAUGGUGAAUACUGGACAAACUGCAAACUUCACGUGUCAAUAUUCACAAGAUUAUAAAUCUGAUGACAAGAUCAUAUUGAAAAAGGGAAAUGAAAUGAUUGAAACAUUUAUUUCCUCUACUAAUGUAAAAACAAAAAAAGAAAGAUUGAACACUUACGAUGACACACAAAAUAAUCUUUUCAGUGUGAGAAUAACUGAUGUGAGAUUAGAAGAUGCAGGAGUUUAUUUAUGUGGAGUUUAUCUCAACAAAACCUCCUACAGUUACUCCAUUCUUACUGCUGUUCAUCUUCACAUUAUGAUGUCUCCAGUGUUUGGAGAUGAAGGAGGAUCUGCUCAGAUCAUUUGUCCUUAUGAUCCCAUCUAUACAUCAACAUCACAAAAACUGUUGAAGAGUUGUACAGAUAAAAAUACUCUCAUGGAGAUGAACAGAUGGAUUGUGAAUGAUGACAUGACAGCAAGUGUGUUUAGUGUGAACAUCACUGGACUGACAGCAGAGGAUGCUGGGAAAUACUGCUGUGCAGUGACAUUAGAAACAGACGUGAUUUAUCUUUACACUCAUCUCAUUAUUAUCAUCAAACAGGAACUUCUCUUGAAUAAGAGUGAAGGAGACAACAUGUCAAUGGAGUGCAAACAUCACGCUGAAUAUCAGAAAGUCUUCUGUAAAGCACAUGAAGUCUCAAUGUGUGUCAAUGAUGGAGUUUCAUUACAGUCAAUCAGAGAUGAUGGAUUCUCUUUAAGUGAUGAAACAUCUACUGGAGUCUUUACUGUAAACAUCAGUCAUCUGAGAGAAGAGCAUUCUGGGAUAUACUGGUGUGGAUCUCACAUCAUCACUAAAGUGCAUUUAAACGUCACCAGAGUUUCAGAUCUCUCCGUCAUCAUCAUCAUCAUCGUUUCUGUGAGUGUUCUGCUGAUGAUGAAAACAAUAAUACUGCUGUUGAAUUUAGGAUUCAUCAGAAAAAUAAACAAACUGAAGCUUCCUGAUUUUGUGUAUUAAUGUUGUUUUCACAUUCACUUCAUCCGUGUUCUGUUGGUAAUAAUGAGCUGAUUUUUCAUGUGUUUGUGCGAUACGCAUAUAUUUCAUUAAUAAACAAUAUAUUUUUA